AUGUCAACACCCAAAAACAACUUAACACGCGGUCAAGCCAUAUGCCUUGUACUUGAUAUGGUGCCUACUGUUGAGAACCGACGAAAAGGAAAUGACAUACAGUGGUCCCCCGCUUUUCGCAACAGUGGGAAGCCCUCAGCAUCCUUUUGCUAUGGAGAGUCAGUUAUCGAGAAGAAUCCGUUUACAUACAAGACCUAUCCUAGGACACCACCUACUAGCCCAACUUUACAUUUAAGCAAUACUGUGGUGGCCAGUGAUAAAUUCAGCGAUUUCAGCAAUAACAGUAACAGCAACAAUAGCGACGCUAGCGACUCAAGCACCGAUGAUUCAAUUGUCUACAACUCUGAAAGUCUACUAUCAAUCAUAAAGUCAAUGUGUUUUAAGAAUGCCGAUAACAAAGAGCCCUUUGACUAUGCCUUUUAUACCACGACGGACAUCUACAACAACGUCACGAAGCAACUGCCACGACUACCCAAAUUUAUGAAUGCGUCAAACGAAGACUUCGGCGAACGAAUCUCCAAACGUGUCGAGGGAAAUAAUAUCAAAGGACGAAUGUUAUACAAGCUCAAGGACAAUGCGAUCGGAAACUUGGUGGAAUCAACAUCUGCUUUCCGCACAGAAAUCAAUAACGAUGGUAGCAAUUGGAUAAAUGUUGGAUAUGUUAGGAAAUCUCCAGGCAUUGAAAGCGUGGCGACACGGCAAGGACUCCUCGAGGCAAUGAUCAUCAACUCAACGUCAUCUUCACCGAUCUUGGAAAGAGAUUUCUUGGCGGACAACAAUAUUAACGGCAACAACAACAUCAAGGCAACCAGCUUGGCUUAUUGCGAAGGGGACACCCAAGCAAUGAUUGACUUCAUUGGACACUCCAUCAAACAGAUUCGGCUUUGUGUGAUUUCGUACGCUGGUUUGUCAAACGAUCCUGGCGACGUUGCCAUAUUUCUAAAGUAUGAAAAACGUUUCUCAUAUGCUUAUUUCAUACUAACUUGUUCUGUAAAAUGA